AUGUUGCUGAUGGUUUUUUUUACCAGAUGUGGUUUUCCUGGUGUGGUUGGUGCCGUCGAUGGGACACACAUACCUAUCCCUGGGCCUUCUCAGCGCAGAGAUUCUUACAUCAACAGGAAAGGGUUUCCCAGUAUCCAGUUGCAGGCUGUUUGCGACAGCAACUUGGUCUUUUGCGACGUAUAUGCUGGUUGGCCAGGUUCAGUCCACGAUGCCAGAGUCUGGAGAAACUGUCCGUUAAGUCUGAUUCUACCAUCUCUGCCACCAAACCAACAUCUCCUCGGUGACUCGGCCUAUCCUCUGUCUGUUAACCUGCUUGUGCCAUUUCGCGACAAUGGCCACCUCAGUUGUAUCGAGAAGAAGUUCAAUAAGAGUCACUCAUCAACAAGGGUUAAUAUUGAGAGAGCGUUUGGCCUCCUGAAAUGUAAAUUCAGGAGAUUACAAUUUCUUGACAUGCACCUGUUGGAUGAAAUUCCAAAUGUUAUUGUUGCAUGCUGUGCUCUACAUAAUUUCAUUCUACAGAAUGAAUCUUCUGAUGAUGAAGAGUUUGAUAUGCCAGAUGAUACUUGCUGUCCACUAGCUGAUGACAACUCUACAGGACAAGUUGCCUUGGGAAAACGUCUUGAGAUUGCAAACAUGUUGAUGUAA